ACCAUCUUCUUGAAAACUUUUGACUUUAGUUUAGAUGAAUGAAGACGCAUUAGUUUCUUUUUUCACACAUACAGAGUCAUGAAUCAGUGUUGUUAACUAACAAUUUCUGAAAGACCAAAAAAAUGGGAGAUUCCAAGGUUGAAACAAUUUCACGAUUAGCUCAAUGGAAAAUCGACAACUUUGGACCCUGUUCUUACAAGAAAUCCGACCCUUUCAAACUCGGAAUUUGGAACUGGUACUUGUCGAUAGAGAGAAAUAGGUAUUUGUAUAUUCAUCUGUUUCCUGAACCUUCGCGUGUUUCUAAAGAACAGCCUCCUAUUGCUCGCUUUAUUCUUCGAGUUUCUAAUACUGCUUCAUCUUCUUCCUCCUCCUCCUCUCGGAAAUUUUAUAUUUCACCUGUUCAUGAAAGGGUGCUUAGAACAUGUGAUGACUUUGUCUGGCCUGUGGAUACUACAUUCCUCGGUCGCUUGAUUAUUGAUGUUGAAUUUCUUGACCUGAAGAUCUAUCCUCUGAAUAGUCAGGGUGGAGAAGCCAGUUCUAUAUGGCCAUCUGACGGAAAACUGCAAUCUGUUGCAACUCAAAACACUCUCCGAUGCCUCUCUCGCAUGCUUGACGAAGCUAUACACGCUGAUCUCACCAUUAUAACUGCAGACGGUACACUUAAAGCUCAUAAAGCAGUUAUGACUGCAACUUCUCCUGUGUUCGAGGCCUCAUAUCAUGACAGCGACAAUGAGAAAGAUUCAUCUACAAUCCACAUAGAAAACAUGUCACAAGAAUCAUGCACAGCCCUUCUGAGUUACAUCUACGGAACAAUAAAGCCUGAAGAUUUCUGGAAGCACAGGCUUGCAUUGCUUGGAGCAGCCAAUAAAUACGAAAUCAGUGAUUUGAAAGAUGCGUGCGAGGAAAGCCUACUAGAAGAUCUCAGCUCGGGAAAUGUUCUUGAUAGACUAAAUGAGGCUUGGAUGUACCAGCUGCACAAGUUGAAGAAAGGAUGUUUUGCGUUCUUAUUUGAUUUUGGUAAGAUAUAUGAUGUUAGAGAUGAAAUAAAUACGUUUUUUCGCCAUGCUGAAAGGGAACUAAUGUUGGAGAUGUUUCAAGAAGUGCUUACAAUUUGGAAAUAGGUUAUAUCACUGAAAUUUUAUGGCACCCUUGUGUCUGAAUCUAUGUGUAUAAUCAUGUUUUCAGUUUUUAUGUAGAUAUAGUACUGAUCUACUCUCUCAACAACCUAGCUGUUAAAAUGUCAAAUGGAGGAGUACAUUGUUAUGUAGAUAAGUGGCAAAAUUAUUUUGAUGUAACAUGUAUUGUAUUUCAUGGUUUCUAAAACUCCUACAUCAUUUUCUUAGAGUUGUUGCAUUUCA